AUGUAUCUCAAUAUGGAUGCUGAUUUGAUGGCCCGGCAACGGGAUAUUGCCAAUAACUUGGAGACCGGAGAGGCACUGAGAGUCUUUUCCCCGGAACUUGUCCACUCCUUGUUUCCCAGUGACCUCGAGGCUGAACAGUGGCCCGUCCCAGCGAGGAUCAAUUUCGAAGAGGAAGGCACGAAAGACCUCGGAGACUUGAGAGCCCUCCCGAACGAAAUCAUGGACUUGAUUAUCAAGAAGCUGGAUUUACCUAGUGCCAUCAGCUUCUCAUAUGUGAGCCGCACCGCCAAUGUCCUUAUUCAGCAAAGCCCUGUCCCGUUCUUGAAGCAGUGGGCGCCGGACAUGCCGAAGUUCCUCCGAAACAGUUACAUCCAGCGAGAGUGGUCCAUCGCACAGAUCAAAGCCACCCUUCGCUGCUCCCAGUGCGUGUCAUGCGGCGAAUCCUGCUCUCGCAUCUUCCUUGCGACGAUGGAGCGUGUCUGUCAGCCAUGCAUGCAAUACAACCAUGCAUAUUGGUGUCUCCCCAUCCAACAGGCAGCAAUUACCUUCGGUCUUCCUGCGAUCGAAGUCACCAAGUUGACACCUAUCUAUAUCCCCGGCCUGAGUGUCAGAAACCUCGGCUCCCGGGACCAAAGUGCCUGGGUCGUUCCCAUCAAGGUUGCGCUCGCCAAAGGACUUGAGCUGUAUGGUACUCGCGACGCUAUCAGACGUCAUGUCGAAGCCUACUCACCAAGACCCGACACACUGCAGGGAGGUUCUGACCCUAAUGAGGAGACAUUCACGAUCCGAAGCCACCUUGACAUUUACCGCUCUGCUUCGCUGGACCCUCUGACUCCUGCCGAGCUGCGUUCUCCGCUGGUCACAAAGUACCCCCACGUUCACGUACACAGCGCUGGCAUUUCGAUUCGGACAUUUGUCGUCCCGUAUGGAAAUACGCGCAAGAUCAUGCGCUCGUGCCGCGGCUGUGCUGCCAUGAUCACGCACCCGAACCUGGCAUUGCUGAACACGCGCCAAAUGCAGAUGCUGCGGCUCGAUCCGAAUCUCACCAGUCUGGAGCGAGGGGUCGUGCUCUUCCGUCGUGCGUUCCGGGUGUGGGAACUCCCUGAGCUGCUUGAUCAUCUGCGGAAUGAGUGCCUCGGGGGUUGGGCUCUGAUGCACGCCGGAAGUUCCGGCGAGCAGUAG